CAGCCCGGACAGGUUUGACUGUGGGACAGACAGAGAUUCCUUUGACAUUGCAGGAGAGGAGGAGGGACAAUAUUGGUGUUACAAAACGUGUAACACUUUCGCUGCAAUUUAUAAGCGUAAACAGUAUUGUUUACCGCUUCAAAGUUGCAAUAUUAAAAAUAUUGUGACUGUUAGCGGGAGAAUGUAUCGGCGACCAUUACAGUCUGCCGUCAGGAACAUUUUAAGCGUUUCAGCAUCCAAGGCCACUUUGGGAAAGGCAAUAGAGCAAGAUGGUUGUGUCCGAGUUUUAGUUGUUGCCAGCUCCACCCCUUCCUCCCAGACGCCAUGCAGAACCCUACAAAGCCACAGACAGCUUUCUACGGUAAGGCAUCAGGCCUCAGAGGAGGAAGUGGGGGCUUUCACCAAGCUCAUCGAGGCCAUGGGUUUCACAGGACCUCUCAAAUACAACAAAUGGAAAAUAAAGAUCGCAGCCCUUCGUAUGUACACAUGCUGUGUAGAGAGAAUCAACUACGACGAGUUUUUUGAAAAGUGUUCCCUUCCCGACACGCUCAACUCCUGGUUCCUCGUGGCUCAGCUCCACGUCUGGAUGUGCCUGGUGCGUAUGCGGCAGCAGGGUCGUGAGGGGAAGUAUAUGUGCCGCUACAUCGUCCAUUCCAUGUGGGAGGAUGUGGAACAGAGGAGCAAGAUCAUGGGGAUUGAUGCUGUACAAAGAAAAGAGGCCAUGAGAGCCAUGACGGAGAAUUUCUACGCUGCUAUUUUUGGAUACGAUGAGGGAAUCCUGUCUGACGACAGCGUACUGGCCGCAGCCCUCUGGAGAAACUUCUUCGCCCGACAGUGUGAGGACCCCCAGCAGCUAGAACUCAUGGUAGAAUACGUCCGCAAACAGAUGCAGUUCAUCGAUGCGCUGGACGGAGAGGACCUGCUGCUGACGGGAGAGGUGAAAUGGCGCCCCUUCAUGGAGGAAAACGCUCAGAGCAUCCUGAAGGUCUCCACGCCCACUUACAACGACGCCGGCCUCUGAGCGCCGACAUCCCCCCCCCCCCCCCCCCGCCGCACCGAGGCUACCCUGCCCAUAGGCGCCACCCCU